AACCACGUGGUGCUUAAGGGCAGCGAAGAUUAGAGAAUCAAACGCUCAAAACUCUGUCCCAAAGCCCCAGGCCGACCCGAAGAGCCGCGUUUGACGCCUUCCUUCCUUUGAUGCGUCCCCUUUAACAAGGAAAAAGGAAAUUGACGAGUAAAAGUAAAUACGUUGAGCUACCGAUCAAAGGACCGAGUGUGCCCCCUUGGGUCCUGUCUUCCCCCAAUAUAUGAGAAAUUAUUUUUUUAUUUUUGUGAAAAGGUUUUUAAGUUAUUAAACCAUUUCUGGUUUUUUUUUUUCGUGUUUCUCCCCCAAACAAUGCCUUGUCACAUCCCUUCCCAGUCCGUUUCCAUGUGCCCACUACUCACAGCUCCACCACUCUCUAAUCCCCAAUUCCAUCGCUAGGGUUUUCACUUUUUCUUUUUUAAUUUAGUUUUUUUUUGUGGGUUUGGAUUCGACGUCCAAGAAAAUAAACAGAAAAAAAAGAAGAGCGAAAAAAUCUAUACGCGGGGAGGUGUUUUUUUUUUGUGUGUAGAAUUUAUGAAUUGAAUUGUUUGGUGUUGGAAUGGAAAAUUGUCAACAAGUGCAAUCCAGCACGGCUCUGUAUAAGCCGUGUUUGCAGGACAACGGCGGCGGUGAUGUUGUUGGUAAUAACAGUGAUAGUUUGAAUCGUGAUAGUUUACAAGGAGCGGAGUUCAUGAGCGUCGAUCAAUGCCAGAAGGUUCCGGAGAUGGACGAUUCGCAGCUUGUUGGAAACGCCGACGUGGCGGUUAGAGGAGAUGCUGGUGCUGCGACGGAGACGGGGGCGGGGAGUGGAGUCCAAGUUGUUGAGCAGAGCGCCGGGAAGCGGAGGCGGGGAAGGCCGCCGAGGAAUCAGGUGAGAACCACGUUGCCAUCGGCGCCACCACCGCCGCCUCCUCAAAAGAAGAAGAAUGAUGAAGAAGAUGUUUGUUUUAUAUGCUUCGAUGGCGGGAGUCUCGUGCUCUGUGAUCGCCGGGGCUGUCCUAAGGCAUACCAUCCAGCCUGUAUCAAACGGGAUGAGGCAUUUUUUAAAUCGAAGGCGAAAUGGAACUGCGGGUGGCAUAUAUGUAGCACUUGUCAGAAGGCUUCAUAUUAUAUGUGCUAUACUUGUACAUAUUCCUUGUGCAAGAAUUGCACUAAAGAUGCUGAUUACGUGAAUGUGAGAGGGACUAAAGGAUUUUGUGGAACGUGCUUGAGAACUGUAAUGCUGAUUGAAAACAGCGCAUUAGGAAAUAACGAAAUGGUUGAAGUGGAUUUUGAUGAUAGAACUAGUUGGGAGUAUCUCUUCAAGGUGUACUGGAUUGUAUUGAAAGAGAAGCUUUCUUUAAGUUUAGAUGAGCUUACUAAAGCUAAAAAUCCCUGGAAAGAAACUGCUAUCAUGGGUAUUAAGGGAGAGUCAUCAGGUGAAAUACUUAAUAACGGGAGUAACACUAAAGGUGCUAACAUGGACAAGUCUUGUGGAGACCUAGGAGCUAGUAAUUCCAAGAGACGGAAAAUGAUGAAGCAACAGAAGUUUUUGAGCAAAGCUGAAUCUCUAGGAGCAGAAAAACCAUGUGUUAUGAAAGGGAUGCCUUUGCCCGUAGGCACAAAUUGGGCAACAAAGGAGCUUCUUGAAUUUGUGGCACACAUGAGAAAUGGUGAUACAUCCGUGCUAUCUCAAUUUGAUGUUGAGGCACUUUUGCGUGAGUACAUAACGAGAAGCAAUCUUCGUGAUCCUCGCCAGAAAUCUCACAUUGUCUGUGAUUCAAGGCUUAUAAAAUUGUUUGGAAAAGAAAGGGUGGGCCACUUUGAAAUGUUAAAGCUUCUUGAAUCACACUUUCUCAUCCAAGACCAUUCAAGGGCCAUUGAUACCAUUAGAGGCGGAGGUACCAAAGCUGUUGCAACUCAAUUGGCUGUUAAUGGGAACAAUGAUAGUCAACCAAUAAUUGCCAAUGAUAAGAGACGUAAAACACGUAAAAAGGUUGACGAGAGAGGACAAAAGGUGAAUCCAGAUGAUUUUGCUGCUAUUGAUGUUCAUAAUAUGAACUUGAUCUACUUGAAGCGUAAUUUGAUGGAGAACUUAGUUAACGAUGCUGACAAAUUUAAUGAAAAGGUUGUUGGUUCCUUUGUAAGGAUAAGAAUUCCUGGAAGUGAUCGGAAGCAAGAUAUGUAUAGACUUGUCCAAGUAGUAGGUACCAACAAGGUGGCUGAACCAUAUAAAAUUGGCGAAAGGACAAUUGAUGUCAUGCUCGAGAUACUAAAUUUAGACAAGAAAGAGGUUGUCUCUAUUGAUGGAAUUUCAGAUCAGGAAUUUUCUGAGGAUGAGUGCCAACGGCUACACCAGAGUAUAAAAUGUGGGCUGAUCAAAUGGCUUACAGUGGGUGAGAUUCAGGAGAAAGCAAUGGCGCUUCAAGCAGUGAGGGUAAAUGAUUGGCUGGAGUCAGAGAUUUUGCGAAUUAAAAAUCUACGUGAUCGAGCAAGUGAGAAGGGACACAUAAAGGAGCUCAGAGAAUGUGUAGAAAAAUUGCAGCUUCUGAACUCACCUGAUGAACGCCAGCGUAGGCUGCAUGAAAUCCCUGAAAUACACAGUGAUCCAAAUAUGAAUCUAUAUCUCAAGUCUGAGGAAGUUGCUAGAGAAUUGGACGAGAAGAAGAAAGAGAACAACAUGAAAUCAAGAAAUUCUGCCUUUGGUGUAAAGGAAAAGGAGCCUGCCUCUCCACUGAAGGGAGGUGAUGCCUUUAGUGAUAUUGGAAGCAGGGAAAAUAGCAUACCUCAUUCUAAAGGAUUGGAGCCAUCUGUAAAUAAUGUGGAGACAGAUAAAAUAUGGCACUACCAAGACCCACUUGGCAAAAUUCAAGGGCCAUUUGCUAUGACGAUGUUACGUAGAUGGAGCAAGAGUGGUCAUUUUCCUCCUCAGUUGAGAAUAUGGAGAGUAAGUGAAAAGCAAGAUGACUCCAUCCUCUUAGUUGAUGCUUUGUAUGGGCGGAACAGCCAAGAGCAACAGUUGUUUCAUAGUAGCUGCUUACCCACUGAGGACAUAAAGGUUGCCUCUGAUGAUAGAAGUAAGAACGGGGAUGGAGAUGUUAGGGAGAGUGGGGAUAUGAAAGUGAAUCAGAUGGAAAGUAAAAUGGUUGAGGGGAGCUCGAACUCAAUGCAGAAUGACACAAGUGGUCAUUGUUGUGGUAACAAUGAAUCUGCAAGGUGCAAAGAAUUGGGCUCUCAAUCUUCUCCUUGUACUGCUCCUAUAGAUGUUGUCAAUUCCAAUGCAGCACAGACAAGAUGUUCUUUACCACACCGGGACUCUGUGAAGGGUCAUAAUGACUUCCCUGGCCAGCCCCAAGUGAGUAGUUCACUUCCCUCAUCUACAUUAUCUGGGGAGCCAUGUGAAACUCAGUCUCGUCAACUGAGUGAAGGUCAUGGGGUUGAAAGAUGGGACUGUGGUUCGAUUAACAUGAAUGAGAAUUUGAAUCAGACCUCUGAAGGUCAAAUUAUUACUGGAAAUGUGAAGCAAGAUGACAAUGAGGGAAAAUCAGGCAAAUCUUGUGGGCAAAGCUGGCGAUCUCCACCUUUACAUGAUUCUUCAAAUGGAUGGGACCCCAAUUCUGGUCUUAUUUCUCUGGCUAAAGCUCUUGAAGCAUCAGAACGCAAUCAGGGUAUUGAUUUCCCAGAUCUUCCCACCUCAACAUCAAAAUUCAGCCAUGAAGACUCAAAGGGUCAGGCUACUGAAAACAAACAGUCUCUGUCUUCGAAUGUCCCUCAUCAGGAUUCAGGUCCUAGCUGGAGUACUGCUUCUAGUCUAGUGGGUAAUGGACCACAGCUUCCUGGAGUAGCUGGUGAAUGGGGUGGGUAUUCCUCCACUCCAGCAAAACCUUCCGCGGAGGAAUGGAACUCAGAACUUGUGCCUGAAUCUUCUUUGAAAAGAACUGACUUGGCAAGUGAUCAUGCCGCUACCCCAACUUCUGGGAGUGGCCAAUUGACACAUUCUUCUCCCACAGAUCCUGCAAAUAAUCCAUCUGGUUGGGAUGCAAUUGUUCCCGAACAACAUGAGUAUUCUUUGGGUGAUGAAUCAGUUUCAGAUCUCUUGGCUGAAGUCGAAGCAAUGGAGUCUCUUAAUGGCUUGGCUUCACCUACAUCAAUAUUGCGUUGUGAUGGAGAGUUGGCUCAAGGUUCUGAACCUGAUUGUUUUAGUCCUGUAGGAGGACUGAGCCCUGCACCUGAUCCAGGAAAAAGUGAUGCUUUGAGCUCAACAAAUGAUCUACAAAAGCCAUCUCAGUCAACUGUGACCAACGAGCCAUUUGGGGUCUCACAGUCUGAAGUACUUGAUGCUCAGAAGAGUUCUGGUGGGCAUUCUUCCACAAGUGUUGACAUGGAUGAAGAUCCAAGGCCCAGCGACGUCUCAGUUAACCAAUAUGAAGCUGGUUCGGACAUGCAGCCUGCUGCACCACCUGUAACAACUUGGGGCAUGGCUACCGCAGAUAAUGCUUGGAGAUCAGGGCCAGAAACUACAGGCACCAAUUGGGGAGCAGCUCAAGGUAAUGCACAUUUCAAUUGGGGAGGUUUAGGUCAUGGAACCCCGAAUGCAGACUGGGGAACAGUUCAGGGAACAUUCCAGGAAAACGGCAGCAUCAAUUCAGGCACCUCUGCAGGGAAUCCGCCAAUUUGGGGAAGCCAACAAAGGUACGUUGGUCCAAGGGACCGUGAUUUUCAGGGCAGAGAUUCAAGUUUUGGUAGGGGCAGGUCCUUAUGGAAUAGGCAGUCGUCGUCAUACGGUGGUCCAAAUGGAGUCUGUUCUUUCAGACCCCCGCCCAAAGGGCAGCGAGUUUGUAAAUUUUAUGAAAGCGGGUAUUGCAAGAAGGGAGCAUCAUGUAGUUAUUGGCACCCUUGAUUAGGAGUUUUACCAGUAACAACCACAGCAAUUGUGUGCAUUGAAUUCUGUAUUCAUUAUUGGUAUAUUAGGGAAGUUGCUUUGUUAAUUUCUCCCAAAAUUUAACCUGUAAAAGUAUUUCAAUCAAGCUGCCAUAAUACAUAUUAUUUUCUAGUC